GUGUAAACAAAAUUUGUGAUUUAAUCAUGAAACGCGUAGCGGCUGUGGUGGCAACAAACGAAAUUUCAGAGUUUAAUUAAAUUUAUUCCUAAAAAUCAUUAUAUAUUAUCGUCAAAAUGAGCUCAAUUCAGUGCCAGUUAUGGAUGGGAAGUCUGGAAUCUUACAUGACGGAGAACUUCAUUCUGGCGGCAUUCCGGAAAAUGGGCGAAGAUCCCCAAACGGUGAAACUGAUGAGAAACAAAUAUACGGGAGAUCCAGCAGGAUAUUGCUUUGUGAGUUUCAAAACAGAUGAAGCGGCGAUUGAUGCCAUGCACAAGCUAAACGGCAAACCGAUUCCCGGUACCAAUCCAUUAGUUCGGUUCCGCCUGAAUAGCGCCACAAACAAUCAGAACAAAGCUCUGCUGGCCGAUCGGGAGUUCAGCGUUUGGGUGGGCGAUCUGAGCUCCGAUGUGGACGAUUACAGUUUGUACCGGGUGUUCUCUGCCAAGUACACUUCCAUCAAAACGGCCAAGGUCAUCCUGGAUAGCUCUGGGUUCUCGAAGGGUUACGGAUUUGUCAAGUUCGGACUGGAGGACGAACAGAAGAGCGCCCUUUACGAAAUGAACGGUUUCAUUGGUCUGGGAUGCAAACCGCUGAAGAUUUGCAACGCAGUACCGAAGCCUAAGAAUGAACUGGGUCCAGCAGGGCCGACAAGUUCGACACCAAGCGCGGCCAGUCUGCUAGGAUACGGCACUGCCACGGAUUAUUCGCAAUACUAUGACCCGUCCACGUAUUGGCAAAACUACAGUGCCUGGCAAGGAUACUACGACGCAACCGGAACGGCAGACUACUCAGCCUAUCAGAUGCCAGCAGCAGCGGCAGUAGAUGCUUCUGCGUAUCACGCAUAUGAACAGCAGCAGCAGCAUCAUCAUGCUCACAGUCAGGUCGAGGAUGAAGAACUAACGCUGGUGGAUCACAAGUAUACCCUGGACGUGGAGAAGUUAAACCGAGAGGUUAUGGAACGGGAUCGGAAUUUAUACGACGCCCUGGAAAGCUCCAAGUGGAUGCCGGUUGAACAGCUGGAGAUUUUUUAAUUAUGAACCGAUUGCAUUUUAGUUUUUGCGUGUGAAUAAAACUUCUGAAUGACUUUAUGAA